AGGCAGAGGAAGGCAGCUGCAGCCAUGGCCAUGGAUAUGGAUGAUCUGGGCUGUCCGCGGUGCAAGACCACCAAGUACCGUAACCCCUCCUUGAAGCUGAUGGUGAACGUCUGCGGACACACGCUAUGCGAGAGCUGUGUGGAACUGCUGUUUGUGAGAGGGGCUGGGAAUUGCCAUGAGUGUGAUACCCUUCUGCGGAAGAGUAACUUCAGGGUACAGCUCUUUGAGGAUCCUGCUAUUGACAAGGAAGUGGAAAUUAGGAAGAAAGUGCUGAAAAUAUACAAUAAAAGAGAGGAUGACUUUCCCAGUCUAAGUGAAUAUAAUGAUUUCCUGGAAGAAAUAGAAGAAAUUGUAUAUAACUUGACCAACAAUGUGGAUUUGGAGAACACCAAAAAGAAAAUGGAACUGUACCAGAAGGAGAACAAAGAAGUCAUUCAGAAAAAUAAGAUAAAACUGAUGCGGGAGCAGGAAGAGUUGGAAGAAGCGUUAGAGGCAGAGCGACAGGAAAGUGAACGAAGGCGACUGCUCAUACAGAAAGAAGAACAAAUACAGCAGAUCCUAAAAAGGAAGAAUAAGCAGGCACUCUUGGAUGAUCUGGAGAAGUCCAAUCUUCCUGCUUCAUUGCUUUUAGCUCAGCAUAAGGACAGAUCUACUCAGCUAGAAAUGCAAGUGGAAAAACCCAGCCAGGUCAGACCAGUCACGUUUUCCACUGGGAUCAAAAUGGGUCAGUCUAUUUCACUAGCUCCUAUUCCAAAACUAGAGGAAGCUUUGUAUACGUAUCAGCCUCUGCAAGUGGAGACCUACGGACCGCAAGUUCCAGAGCUUGAAAUGCUGGGAAAGCUGGGGUAUCUCAACCAUGUGCGAGCUGCCUCUCCGCAGGAUGUUGCUGGGGGCUACACUUCCUCUCUUGCUUGCAGCCGAGCCUUACAGGAUGCCUUCAGUGGUCUUUUCUGGCACCCCAAUUAGCCAGCAUGCAUCAGCCUCUGAUCAAGGGACACCAAACGGAGCAAGGAGUAAAAUUGCUGCCAUGUGCACAAUGGCUACACCGCAGUCCCUCUUCAGUGUAAAACCAGCUGUGUGUAAGUGUUAGAGGAAAUAAAAGCCUUUGUAAAAUGUCAAUGCAUUUUUGUAUAGAGGGAAUCUCAUUAGUCAUAUAGCACAUGCAGUCAUGGAGCUGACGGAGGCUGAAGCAUUAAGCCAUGUCUAAUGGAAGAUGUGAAUAACUCGGCUGUGUAUGCUUGAGGUUUAAAGAAAUACACUUGUAUUUCUUUCUAAAGCCAGACUUCAAUAAAAAAGUUUGUGGUUUUACUCUUAUUGCAGGGUUUUAUCUGCACAGGCACUUAAAUGCCAUUUUGAUUAUAACAUUUAGUGUCAGUAAUCAAGCCUACAUUUUCUUCCCAUAAAACUAGUUUCUCCAGUUUAGUCAAGUGGGAUUUUCCUCCUGCCAGCUGGAUGAGAUGAGAAACCUUGGAACUCUGCUGACACAACUCUUGUGCAGGAUCCUUACCAAUGUCCCUUGGUUCUUACCUUUGUCUGGAAAACAGAUCUUUAGCUGGAAGUCCUUCAAGUGAGUUUCUCUAGAAGAAAUCUAAGAAGCCUUGAUACAAGGCUAAGUCAUGAGUGUUGUCAAAAUUGUGGUUGGUUUUUUUCCCUGAUAAGCUCCAUUUGAUUCAGUUGUGUGUUCAGAGGUUCUUUGAGCAGGAACCUCCAUUUGUUGUCUGGCUUUUGGGAUGACACUUGUCACCUUAUCUGCUGUUUUUACGUGUUCCUUCCCCUCUCCUUAUAGCAGAAUGUAGACUAAUUGCAGCAGAGAUGGUCUUCCUGUGGCAGGACUGGUCUUUGCCAUGUGUGUAUAAACUGCAGGAGACUGGAAACUGCUCAGGAUAGCGUGUGCCUCCAGAGUAAAGCCUGGCCCACGUUUUAUGGGUCAUCUGUUAAUAGCUGUUGAAUGCUGCUCUGAGGAGUGCAUUGAAUGAAUGGAUUUUUUCUGUGUUGUAAUAAAAAGAAGAAUAAGCUCUA